UAUACAGAGUUAAGAACUUCGUAAGUUUUGACUUGACUUGACUUCACACUUCUCUUCUGCCAAUUCUAUAUCAGCAUACACAUACAUACAUACAUUCGUAACUAAAUCUGACUACUAAAUCUGACCAGUCUCUCAAUCUGUCUCCACCAAAAUGGCCAAUAGUCCGAGUAAUGGCGGCAAACAUUCAGUCACAUCUCUAGGCAACUUAGACGAAGUCGAGAAAGUAUUCAACAAGUUCGACGCCAAUGGCGACGGAAAGAUCUCCUCCUCCGAGCUCAGAUCCAUUCUGAGAGCUCUCGGCACCGAAACCUCUCCCGAGGAGGUUCAUCGUAUGAUGACCGAGAUCGACAAGGACGGCGACGGCUUCAUCGAUCUCGGAGAAUUCACCGAUUUCCACCGCAGGGGAUCUGACGGCGGUGAUGGCAGCAACAACAACAGCAGCAGCAGCAGGA